AUGGCCUCCCCAGCAUCUCUAACGCUGAGCACGCUAUUAUCAACAUUACACACACAUCUCAAUGCACAAACCCAACUUCUCCCGACACUCCAUGUUCAACUCGGCCUACCACAAACCGCCCUGGAAGAUGAACUGCAAACAUUACAGCAUACCCUGACCAAAGCCGUCGAGUCUCAGAUAGAGGUGCGGAGGAAACAAGUGGAUGAUUGGAUAGUCAAAUGCGAAGGAGUGGAGUCUGGUUGUGCUCGGUAUUCGAAAGCGCUGGGCACACAUUCUAAAGUUGCUGGAUCGCUCAGCGAUCUAAAAGCUGAGAAGGUUUUGCCAAGGAGAUAUGAAAGCGCCACUGUGUACCAGGAGAAACUAAGACAGAUCUAUCAUACGAAACUCGAGCAGCUCACGACGUUGACCAAUCGCCUGAACGCCCUCGCGCGGACGCUGGGCUCCCAUUUCUUUCAACAAGACAUCUUAACUCCAGCGGUCGCUGCUGCUGAGGAACUAGACAGCCCUACGGCACUACGAGAUGUUGUCCCUGAACGCUUCUCCAAACUUGAAAAGGAGCUUGUACGAGGAAAAGGCGAAGUAUUGAAGCGACUGAAUCAACUGGGUGAAGUCUUCACCCAGAUCGACUGGCUUUACUCAGAACUAGGUAUCGAUCCUCCCCCACCCACUGUUGCAACACCGGUUGCCACCUCAUCCUCAACACUCGCUGUGCCGAGAUAUUCUCUGCCACGAUCUUCAUCCGCCGGUAGCACGCAUCUGAACUCGAGUGCAGACCCAUUUGCGUCCUCAACCAUCGGACCAUCGACUCCUACUCCUCCAUCGAUCGGGAAAUCUGACAACCACAUGCUUUGCCCAUCGUCCCCUCCCCCACAGCCAUCUAUAGCCCUUCCAGAAGUCCCCGAGUUCCCCGACGAACGUGAAUACCUCAGAGCUCUCGGACGCUUCAUCGAACUUCUCGACUCAUUGCCGCAAGACUCGUCGCCUGGACCAAUCCUAAAUUCAUGUGGUAUCGAACCGACGCAGGGGAUCUUGGCUUGGUCUGAUAGACUGCACACCGAACUAAACGAACUCAAGAGGCGCCGCGAAGUGCACAUCCAAGCCAUGUAUGACCAACUGGAGGCGCUUUGGCGACGUAUGGGUGUGGAGGAGGAGGCUAUGGAUGGUUUUGUCGACGCGAAUCGCGGGACGACGCCUUCUGUGGUUCAAGCGUAUGAAGAAGAAUUGGAGCGCAUGAUUGACUUGAAGCGCGAGAGAAUGGGCGAGUUUAUCGCUAAUGCUCGCACAGAAAUUGAGAGUCUGUGGGAGGAGCUUAUGGUAGGAGAAGAUGAACGGAAUGAUUUUGCAGCGUUUGCUGAUGAUGAACAUACACAAGAUUUACUGAGCCAGCAUGAGCAUGAGAUCGCCCGCCUGAAAGCGGAAGUGCGGCUCAAAAUGCCACUGCUUACAUCGAUCAAGAAGUACAUGGAGAUUUGUGAGGAACAAAAGGAGCUGGAGCGCGUAGCCAGCGAUCAGACACGCCUUCUAGGAAGGGGUGGGGGACGAGAUCCCGGCAGAUUGCUCCGGGAAGAGAAGAUGCGAAAGAGGGUUGGGAAAGAGAAGCCCAAGCUCGAACAACAAUUACUGUCAUCACUGCCUACAUGGGAGCAAACGCACGGACGAGCUUUCCUCGUACAUGGCGAAAGCAUGCUCCAGCUGUUGAUGGAGAAUGCAUCGGCGAACGAACAGGAGAACCGAAAAAGAACGCCUACUUCUCAAUACUCUGCGCAGGCGCUCAACAGGGGGGCUUCGCAAAGUCUGAAGCCCGCCGCAGCCGCCAACAGUGGGGCGAAUGUCGCUUCCAAAGCAGGAUAUGUCCCUGGCAAAUCAAAUGCAUCUAAUCACGGCGUGGUAACACCCGCCGUUCGGCCAGGAUCGUCGAUGUCUUCAAAUACCCACGGAACUAAUAAACGACAGAAACUCAUCGAUGGCACGCAUCAUACAGUAGCACGUCCAGGAUCUCCUACAAGGGGCCGGACACCCAGCGGCAAUUCAGCUCUCCCCCGACCAACCAUGCAAAACGCGCAGCCUACGUCUUCCCACUCGAAGAACUUGCAGGGGUACGCCGCACUGGGAUGGGGCCGUAAUCCUUCGACGAUGCCACGAUCAACAUCGCAUACGAGCGUGACACACCUUAGCUCGAGCAUGAGCUCGCACUAUAUUUCGAGCACACGAUCGUAUAACUCUGCUUCAAUGGCGUCCAGUCAUUCUAGGGACUUAGCAGCUAAAAAGACGACGGGUCGCAUUCGCAAGGAGAGCUUCAAACCACGGCCGAGCAUCGAUGGCGGUAGUGGGGGCGCUGGGGGAUGGAAGAGCGGGUUUCGGGGGAUGAGCGUUGCAGAGGAAGACGGGUGCUGA